CUGCAUUAGCGCUAACAGGCUCCAGACCGAGCGGGCUGGGCGCGGGGCUAAUGCAAUAGGCGCGUUACCUGGGGCACAGGCUACAUUACCAGGUCGGCCUCCUCCUGGCGCGGCCAGAGCCAGCCAGCCCGCGUCCUGCCGGCCACCCCGUCCCCGCAGCGCUCCCGGGCCCCGCCUGAGUGCCACGCGGCGGAGCCCAGCCCCAGCCCCGGCUGGAGCCCGGGAUCCCCGUGCUGUCCGCCACGUGAGUGCGCUCUGUGCGCGCGGGACCGAACUUGAACUUUGGUGUGUCCCCAGUGCCUCCGAAGUCCCUCUCUCCAGCCGCACCCAUGCUUCUGGCACGAAUGAAGCCGCAGGUGCAGCCUGAGCUCGGCGGGGCGGACCAGCUGCCCGAGCAGCCCCUGAGGCCCUGCAAAACCGCCGAUCUGCUAGUGGUGAAGGAGCACAACGGCGUCCAGUGUCUCCUGGCAUCCCAGGAUGGUGACGCGCAGCCCCGGGAGACUUGGGGCAAGAAGAUUGAUUUCCUGCUGUCUGUGGUGGGCUUCGCAGUGGACCUGGCCAAUGUGUGGCGCUUCCCCUAUCUCUGCUACAAGAAUGGUGGUGGUGCCUUCCUGAUUCCAUAUACACUGUUCCUCAUCAUUGCUGGGAUGCCUCUGUUUUACAUGGAGCUGGCUCUGGGGCAGUUCAACCGGGAGGGGGCAGCCACAGUGUGGAAGAUCUGCCCUUUCUUCAAAGGAGUGGGCUAUGCUGUGAUCCUCAUUGCCCUCUAUGUUGGCUUUUACUACAAUGUCAUCAUUGCCUGGUCACUGUACUACCUCUUCGCGUCCUUCACCUUGAACCUGCCCUGGACCAACUGUGGCCAUGCCUGGAACAGCCCCAACUGUACCGACCCCAAACUCCUCAACGCCUCGGUGCUGGGCGACCAUACCAAAUACUCCAAAUACAAGUUCACACCGGCUGCAGAGUUUUAUGAGCGUGGUGUCCUACACCUUCACGAGAGCAGUGGGAUCCAUGACAUCGGCCUGCCCCAGUGGCAGCUGUUGCUAUGCCUGAUGGUCGUUAUCGUUGUCCUGUAUUUCAGCCUCUGGAAAGGAGUGAAGACAUCGGGAAAGGUUGUCUGGAUCACAGCCACCCUGCCUUACUUUGUCCUCUUUGUGCUCCUGGUUCAUGGCGUCACUCUGCCUGGUGCUUCCAAUGGCAUCAACGCCUACCUGCACAUUGACUUCUACCGCCUCAAGGAGGCCACGGUAUGGAUCGAUGCUGCAACCCAAAUAUUCUUUUCCCUGGGAGCUGGAUUUGGAGUCUUGAUUGCAUUUGCCAGUUACAAUAAAUUUGACAACAACUGUUACAGGGAUGCCUUGCUGACCAGCACCAUCAACUGUGUUACCAGUUUUAUUUCUGGAUUUGCCAUUUUCUCCAUCCUUGGUUACAUGGCCCAUGAACAUAAAGUCAAGAUUGAGGAUGUCGCCACUGAAGGAGCUGGCCUUGUAUUUGUCCUGUAUCCAGAAGCCAUUUCUACUCUGUCGGGAUCCACGUUCUGGGCUGUCCUGUUCUUCCUGAUGCUCCUGGCUCUGGGGCUAGAUAGCUCAAUGGGAGGCAUGGAGGCAGUCAUCACCGGACUGGCUGAUGACUUCCAGGUCCUGAAGCGACACCGAAAACUCUUCACAUGUGCUGUCACCCUCGGUACCUUUCUUCUGGCCAUGUUUUGCAUAACGAAGGGAGGGAUUUACGUGCUCACUCUGCUGGACACCUUCGCGGCAGGCACGUCCAUUCUCUUUGCCGUGCUCAUGGAGGCCAUUGGAGUUUCCUGGUUUUAUGGCGUGGACAGGUUCAGCAAUGACAUCCAGCAGAUGAUGGGGUUUAAGCCAGGCCUGUACUGGAGACUGUGUUGGAAGUUCGUGAGCCCCGCCUUCCUCCUGUUUGUGGUAGUGGUCAGCAUCAUCAACUUCAAGCCACUCACCUAUGAUGACUACGUCUAUCCUCCUUGGGCCAACUGGGUCGGGUGGGGCAUUGCCCUCUCAUCCAUGAUCCUGGUACCUGCCUACGUCAUCUACAAAUUCUUCAGCAUACGGGGCUCCCUUUGGGAGAGAGUGGCCUACGGAAUCACCCCGGAGAAUGAGCACCACCUGGUGGCCCAGAGAGACGUGAGACAGUUCCAGUUGCGGCACUGGCUGGCUAUUUGAACCUGGCCCUGAGGAGGAGGAACCCACGUGCCAAUGUCCAGGACAAGGACCUCUUUUCGCCCCCGUGGGACACUGCCUUGGGAUCCCUCCCCUGGAAGACAGUUUCCCCACUGCUCUCGUUUUCCUGGUUACUAAUGAUUCUGUGACUCUGGUUUUUGUUCACCUUCUGUUCAUCUGGCCUGGAGGCAGCAAGUGUGGAGAACUGGUGAGCCUCGAGGAAGUGGAUGGAAGGAGGAAAUGGGACAUGGAUUUUGGAACUCUGGCUUGACAGCAAGCUCACUUGCCUUGGGAGCACACCUGAGCUGAGGUCUGUGGCUCAAGCAGUAGCAACCCCUCCCAGAUUUGCUUGUACUUCAGAUCAUAAAAGACAUCUUCAAUUCAUCCAGGCUGAGAGAAGAUUGGCUUCUGGUUAGAUAUCAAAAGCCCAACUAAGCCUGACAGCAUGUGUGUGAGCUAAGGUAUACAGGUUACCCCUCUAUUUCCAUUUGUCCAGUCACCACUCUGGUAUCUGAGCCUCUGUUUUGGAGUGGGGCUUUUUCACACCUAAACUGUAGCUGGUAGAAGUUUUAUUUUGGGGGUAGGUGAGCAGAAACUCUGACUUAACUAUCUAGUUCAUUGUGAAGGCUGGUUUUGGUAUGCUCUAGAUGAUUACUCUAACUUCUGGUAUUUGGAUAGUCCCAAACCAUGAUGUUAGGGGGAGAAUGUAACUGUACCACCAGUGAAGAAGUUCUCCAGAGUCAAGGACUUCAGAAAUGUGGUAACUGCUAGAUGAAUCAUGCCUGCCAAGGCUACCUGCUAGUCUUGUUCUGUCUACAUAUGGGUAGUUCCCAAGACCUUCCUGGGGAUUGAGUCAGGGUCCCUCUGAAGCCAGAUAUGUGUGUCUAUCACAGAGAUCUCUGUCCUGUGUGACCAGGAAGAUAUCUUAAGGCAACCUGAUAGACUGCCAUGGUUCCUUAUGGUCCACAGACAGUUCCAAAGUUUCUUCUGAGAACCUCAGCAGAACAGAGAAGUCCAUUGGCUCUGAAAAUGGCUUGUUUCAUUAUUUACUUGACUUGGCACCUUGGAGGGCAUGGUUGGAUUUACCAGAGCACAGCACAACCUCUCAUGUCCAGGGAGGAUAAUCUGACUGGAGAGGACAGGUAGAUAGGUUCAGGAAAUUUCUAAGUUCACAUGUGACACCAACUUGCAACUAGUGCCCUCUGGUGGUUAGUUUUGGUUCACUGAGUGAAAGGAAGGUUUUGGUGAAAUUGAUGGCCUCUCCUUGGGAUUUAUGGUUCUUGUUUGAGCCUCUUCUGCCCUUAUUUGAAAUCUAGAAUCAUGGGUUGCCAUUGUGGUAGUGGGAUUCCCUUCCACAGGUUUUGUGUGUGUGUGUGUGUGUGUGUGUGUGUGUGUGUGUGUGUGUGUGUGUGUGAUUGGAGUCAUGUAGGAGACACAUGGAGAAACUAGGAUGUCCCCAAUGUCCCAUGGAGGGCUGUAAAAAGAUGGUUUACUUUGAUUUCCCUAUCAAAUCAGGGCCCUUAAGUUAUCUCUAGAGGAAAUUUGAUCUUUCCAUGUAAGAAGGCCAAGCUGGCUCAAGGCAUCCCUCACUGGCAAAUGUCUUGGAGCUCUGGGGAAAGGAAAGCUCUUUCACUCCACUGCAAGGUAGGUGCGAGCCAGGGCCCUGUUAGCAUCAACCUCAACACCUCUCAGGAGUAGUAAUCCCUUUUCAGCUGUUACCUUUAAAAUACUGUAUUAUUAUUUAAACUCCCAUCUGCUCCAUAGAAAGGAGAGCCACUUUUCCUAUUUCCCCACUUGCUGGGCGAGAAAAUGAGAAAUCUCACCUGCUCAAGAUCUCUACUCCCUAGGGAUAUGAGUCCCUCUACCCCCAUCUUGUCGUCACAGUCCAGAGCACCCGGGAACUAACUCCCUGUUUAUCUUACCUGGAGCUGAUACCAAAUACAGAGUACAUAAAAUCCCACAUAAGGGCAAGGAGUGUUUCUUAGCAGAACAAAGUGUUGGGAGGAGGGCAGAAGAAGGUUAUUCAUCUCAUCUCACUGGCCCCCUGUGAGGCACUGUCCUAGCCUUUGAGGACAACGGUCACCCUUUGAGCAGUGGGGCCUGAGAAGCAAGAGUCCACCUGACUGUUUCAAGCGCACAUGCUCAGAAAGCCUGGGUGCCUUAGGUCAGCAUGGGCCCGCCGCCGUUUUCUCUUUGCCGUCUGUGUAGCCACUUUGACUGCAGACAUUGUUCCUGGGGGCUAAAGUUGAAAUGUGGUGCUAUCUGAGUGAGCCCCAGACUGAAGCAAUGGUGCAGUUUUUUGGCUCCUGGGACUGGGACAAAGUGGUUUGUGGCUCCAAACCCAGGUGCUCUAGUUGGGAGGGAGACACCCAGAAAGCCCCUGGAGGUUCUCAGGAAGGUGCUAGAAGGUCACUCGUCUUUCCACCCACACUUGCCAGACGGGGUCUAGUGCUUUAUCAUAAGUAUUGCUUGCCUUCUGCAUUUUGUUUUUUAAUAGUAAGGAUCACCCAGGACCAGCAUGCUCCUGAGUACUAUUUAUGACACUCGACACUUUUGAUAAUCGAUUGGAUUUUUAGAGAAUUGUUUUCUAUGACACGUGAGGCUUCUGUUUAAGAUGUUAGCAUUACUUAGAGUCAAGUAAGACAGAAGAAAAAGUGAAUACUAACUCACUGCAAAACCCUGCUCAACCAAAGUCCCUAAACUGCCUUAAUUCUCAGAGGGAGUUCCUGCCCAGGUGGAAGCCAGUCCCCUGCCUCACAGUCAUCCAGUCUAGAUUUUUCUAGAUUUGGUGAUGUAAGACAUUCUUACCAAAGAAAUCAGUUCUGCCCCCAUUGAGCUCACUCACUUCAUGCGUUUGCUUAUUUCCUUUGAAAACUAUGGUGAGGAAGUGAUCAGAGUGGGUGUUUGGUGGAGUAGCAGCAGCACAGCAUUUAGGACUGAUUUAGCAGUGGGUCUGCAGCCAAUUAGUGUAGUUUGAGAGAGGAGCUUUCCAUCUUUGGGUUUGGUGCGGGGAGGUGCAUCUCUAUAAACUGGGGAUUUAAUUAGGUCAUCAAAGGACACAUCCAAUUGAAAACAUAAACCGAAAUAAAGCACAACAACAUCCUUUGUGCUAAAGCCACAAUGAAGCAAGCUUCCAGAAGUGACCCCAUAACUGGCCACCUAUUGGCUCUAGAAAUAGAGCUUUCCAGCCUUCAGAGCUUUGUUAUUACUUCAUGUCCCAUAGAUCCUCUUUUGUCGAGUUUUCUUUUCAUCUCCUGCCAGAAAACCUUGGUGUUUAAGAAGUCAGGUCCAGCACCAUUGAUUUGACACUUGGGUAGCAUUGAGAAGGCAGAGAGGGUUGCUCUGCCCUGUGUUUGCAGGUCUGGGGACCCCACAGCUCUGCCCCACAGGCAGGAUGCCUGGCCCUGGUUGGUGAAUGUGAAGUCUGGGGGGUGCCUUUCCUUGCUCUACUGUCUCUACAUCUGUGUAAAUAGGAUUGUUUCACUCCCAUGUUCUCUGUGUCACAGACUGUUCAAGUAUCAUGCGAGCCUCUGUGUCUGCCUUGGAUUUAAUUUGAAAGUUGUUCUCUUCGUGGAAAAAAAAACCAAAUUAAUGUACAGAAUAAUAAAGAACAUUCCUGGGC